UCUAAAUUGGUAAAAGGUGGUUUGUGUGUGUGUACUUUUCAGUCAAACCUGGCAACACAGUACAGAGCGCGUGCCCACAGCUACGACGCGAACGAGCUUUAAAAAGACGCUGGUGCGCGCCACCGCCGCCGACGAGCUGUUGCGAGGGGCGAUGGAGUCGGGGCCGCGCGCGCAGGAAGGCUGCUGAUCUCCACACAGAAGCGUCACGUCACGGAUCCGCAGCGAGCGACAGAGAUGCUGAGGUGACAGGCAGAAGGAGAAAAGGGUCGAUCGCGUUCUCACACUCAUUAUUUCCCCUCCUCCGCAUCUUUAUUUAUAGGCGUCUUCGCUUCUUCCACGGACGUUUCUCUCGCUAUGGGAUUCCGCUGCGUGUCGUCCCCGCCGCCUCCAAACGCAGCAGAUUUUCUGUAACCACACCCGGCGGCUCCUCUUUGGAUCAAGCUCUGGCAGCAAAGACCCGAGGGUUCACCAUCAAGGAACAAAUGUCUGGCCCAGUGUGAGGUUGCUAGUCGAGGGGGGAAGCACUGAGGACAGCGUCCCUGGUCCAAAGGCGGAAUGAGCGGGGGAGCGGAGCAAGCUGACAUCCUCAGCGUGCUCUCCCUGGUCAAGGAACGAUGGAAAGUGGUGAAGAAGAUUGGCGGCGGGGGGUUCGGCGAGAUCUACGAGGCGCUGGACCUGCUGUCGCGGGUCAGCGUGGCGCUGAAGGUGGAGUCGGCCCAGCAGCCCAAGCAGGUUCUCAAGAUGGAGGUCGCCGUGCUCAAGAAGCUCCAGGGUAAAGACCACGUGUGCCGCUUUGUGGGAUGUGGCCGCAAUGACCGCUUUAACUAUGUGGUGAUGGAGCUUCAGGGUCGUAACCUGGCUGACCUCAGGAGGAGCAUGACCCGGGGCACGUUCAGCAUCAGCACCACCCUGCGCCUGGGUCGCCAGAUCCUGGAAUCCAUAGAGAGCAUCCACUCUGUCGGCUUCCUGCACCGUGACAUCAAACCAUCCAAUUUCGCCAUGGGUCGCUUCCCCAGUACCUGCCGUACCUGCUACAUGCUGGACUUUGGUUUAGCUCGACAGUUCACCAACUCUUGCCAGGAGGUCCGACCUCCUCGUCCCGUGGCAGGGUUCAGGGGAACAGUGCGAUAUGCAUCUGUCAAUGCACACAAGAAUAAGGAGAUGGGCCGCCACGAUGACCUGUGGUCCCUCUUCUACAUGCUCGUUGAGUUUCUGGUCGGUCAGUUGCCGUGGAGGAAGAUCAAGGACAAAGAACAUGUGGGGAAGCUGAAGGACACGUACGACCACCGUCAGAUGCUCAAACACCUGCCGGCAGACUUUGGUGUGUUUUUGGUACACAUUUCCAGUCUAGAUUACUUCACCAAGCCUGACUACCAGCUGCUGAUGUCCGUGUUUGACAACAGUAUGAAAACCUACAAUGUGGUGGAGAAUGACCCCUAUGACUGGGAGCGGACCGGCACCGACGGCACCUUGACGAUCAGUGCCAGUGCCACGACGCCACAACAUCACACCCGCCUCACUCCAGCACAUAUGGGCAUGGCAAACGCCUCCCUGAUACCUGGCGACCUAAUGAGGGAAAACACAGAGGAGGUUUUGCAAGAUGAGCAGCUCAGCGACGUGGAGAACAAUCAUCCCGAGCGCCUGCCUGGUUCUCCCCUCCACGCGCACCGCAACCAGGAGGCUGACGUCUGGGAGGAGCUGGACCGCAACCGUAACCGCAUCAGGACAGCUGUGUGGAAGGCGGCGGCAGAGGAAGAGCAAAGCAACAACCAGGGCAACCAAGGACACCAGACUCCCUACACCGGGCCAAGUCUGGGCUCUCCUGUCAAACUGCAGUCUGAGGUGAUGGCUUCAGACCGCGACGGCCCUCUGCUGAGGAAACUCCGCAACAUUCACAGCUUUGAGCUGGAGAGACGGCUUGGCCUUGAGUCAAAGCCCAGUCCAGAGCGCUUCCUGGACGCCUGCUCAGCAAAGCCUGGGUCUCCACACCAUGAGAAGGAGGCUAACGGAGCUGCAAUCAUCUCAGUAACUCAGGGUCAAACUGUACCUGCCGGGGAGCGUCCUGAUCGGAUCUGGCAUUAUGAUGAGGAGUUCCUGUCUGGUGGUUCUCCUAAGCCAGCAUCGCCUGGAUCUCUUGAGCAGGGAGAGGGGGGGGCCAGCAGCGGGGGCUUUGUGGCCCUCAAUUUGAGCUCUGGGAGGCAAGACAUUGACUCAAGGGAGUGGGUAUUGGUGGAGCGGCCCACUGGCUCCCCAGGAGCCAAGGCUAGCUCCAGCCCAUCGGAGGAGGAUGAGGAGCCUGAGGUGCUCCAGCCAGGGGAACAGUUUCCUGGAUGGGAAAAGGGAGGCCCAAGCCCAACCUCUGGGAAAACUAAACAGGAAACUGUGUCUUCCUCCAAGGGAAGUGCAAAAGUGGACAAGUUGGAGCUUAGUGUGGGCCCAGCGGAGGCUUUACCCCCCGUCACUCCGACCAGCCCAGCGGAAGCUUUAGCUGAGGGAGUUCUCACCCAGUUCCCCACCUCUCCUCCAUCCCUGCCGGAGGAAGUGGCGGUGCGGACAUCAAGCCCCGUCCCACUGCGUUCUCCCAGCCCUCACACCCUCAACCUGACCACCCUAUCGGACCCACUGCACCAGCGGCACUCGCCGGCCUUGAGGCGCAGCCAGUCUGCUGACCAGCAGCGGCAGGAGCGUGCCUCCUCCUCCUGCCAUGCCUCGCUUCCACUACCACCAAACCCCGUCCCCGGCACCCGCUCACCCAGUCGUAGGAAGCUGCCUGCCAUCCCAGUGGGCGCUGCCAACGCAAAGUUUCCCUCUGUCAUUCGCAUCACACGCGCUCAACUCCAACAGUUGACAGCUCAGCGUCCGUCUGGGCUGUCCUCCCAGUCAGGAUCAGACAGUGCUCCACAGUGCCUCCUCCUGGAGAGGCAUGGUGAUGCUGAGGUUGAGGCUCAGCAGGUCCAGGAGCAAACAGUGGACAUCAUCUCCCCACAGGACCCUGUGCCCACACAUCCAGGGACACCCACAGACCCUCUGGCUGAAAUGGUGGUCAAAGGAGACAGCCACACCAAAACUCAAAGCCCUGUGCCAAGCCGCGUGUCCUCCCCGCGUUCCCCCCGUUCUCCGCGCUCAACCUCCUCUCCGCAGUCUCCUCGCUCUCCUCACUCCCCGCAUUCGCCUCGCAGCCCCGUUUUUGCCAAUGGCCACUUCUCCCCUCAUAUUUCCGGCCAGAAUGAUUGCAAUGGAGCUUUCCCACAACUGAAAGACCCUGAGAAUGAUUCUAGCCCCACUCCCUGCGCCACAGCGUCAAAUUUAAGACAGGAGGAGAACGGAGAGGUGAUCCAGGCCCAAGAUCAGAAUAGUAACCCAGUCCUUCCCCCCCCGGCUGCUUCCCGUAAAGACCCAAGCCGCAGGCAAAGUCGCAUUCCAGUCUUGGAGCCCUCUAGCCUGCUAGAACUUCCACCUCCGGGCUCUGCCAAGGAGAAACUCUUACAGAAGAAAGCCAGCCACCAGGGCCCGGUCCCCUCUCCCACUGCCUCACCGUCCCUCUCUGAUAGGCGUGGCCCCUUGAUGGCCUCCCUUGCAAGGGAUCCGCUGUCCUCCACUUCUGACCGCUCCCAGGACGAGGACUCCCUUAUGGGUUCCCGUUCUGACCGCCAGGGAGACGAGGCUCCUUCCCUCUCCACCUCCUCUAGCCCUCUGUCCCGCAAGAGUAGGAUCCCUCGUCCCAUUCACCCGGCCUCUUCAGCUGAGCAGCUGGCUGCCCAAUUCCUGCCACGCCCACCCCCUGGAAAGCCACCUUGCCGGUCCACAGUGGAGGGCAGGCUCAGGCGUUACCGCAUCAGAGCUGGCAGCACCAGUGACUCUGACCUUCUGACAUGCAUCGCUCAGCUGAUGCACGGCUCCCGCGGCUCCCCGCUCCACCACCGCUCCUCUGGCCAGCACGGUGGCUCCAGGACGGGCAUGUGCAGCCUGACGAGCUCCCCGCACCACCACCGCAGCUCCAGUGCCUCACCGCGCAGCUCCUCCUCCCUGCAGCGCUCCGUCAGCUCCUCGCCGUCCCGCCACGAGCACCGCGGCGGCGGGGGCUGCCUCGGCCGCAGCCGCUCGCCGCCCAGCUUCUCUGGCUCGCCGCCCGCGCGACGCUUCUACCAUCACCACCACCACCACCACCAGGAGACCUGCUGCAGCCGCCAGGCGCGCACAAGUUCCUUCCACCUGUCCAGGGGGAAAGGCUGCAGCCGAGAUGGCAAGUGCUCCAGCAAGCUGAGCAGAUAGUCGCCCACCGGGUUGUGAUGCCACAGCAGAGGAGGGAAGACUCUGACUAUAGCAGAGUAGAUGCCAGUCAGGGUAACAACCUGAUGCUUCCUCCAAAAUUAGAUAAGAAGAACUGGUUUCCCUGUUUUAUCCUGUCAGUGUACACUUUCCAUUUGUCUUGGCUCUUCACUCCUUCUGUUUGCACACAGGGUUUUGAUUGUUCACUUUUGUUCCGCAUCAAAGGGGAAAUUCCAGCCAUUUUAGUCUAAAAUGUCUGUAAAGUAGUGAGACUCAGUGGAGACCGAUUUGAUUAACAGUGGUCAAAAUCUGUGCGGCAGACGCUGAGAUCUCCUGAGACCAAACGCUUCUUAAUUUGAGUUGAAUGAACCUCACCAAGGGUCCCAUUAUAGUAUUUUACCAUACAAACUACUGUAUAUGGACGCACCGGGUCCUUACUUUAUACUUGUUAAACAAAAAGAUGUCGAGAAAGGUAGUGUAGCUGCGAGACUAAACUGUUCUUUCCCAAAGCAAGGUGUUUUUUUUAAUGCACACAUGGAUAGUUAACUGAGCCACUAGGCACAUGAAUAGAUCAACUUUUCCCUGCUAAACCUUCCUGCAUCACAGUAUAACGUAGUCACUUAUUUAUCCCCAGUAUUAAUGCACUUGGAUCACACUGAUGGAAGAUCAGUGAAGCAGUGACUUCCAGCUUCAUUUAACUUUGGCCUGGGGUUGAUUUCUCAGUUGUCAGGCAGGGUAUUAUAUUUACAUUAUGCUAUGCGUGAAUGCGUAAAGCCUGACUUUUUGUGUGUACAGUUGUGUAUUUAUUGAGAUAUUUAUUUUAAUGCCUAGAGACACUUGUGGACUCCUCCCAGUUUCUGUGUGAUCAUGGAUGUGCCGUUUUCUUUGUCACGCGUGUAUGUUUUAAAUCGAAGGGAUUACGCCGCAGCGACCCUCAGUACAAUCAGUCAUAUGAAGUACGCGUGGACACACACACACACACACCCUUUUGUGCCUACUGUGUUUCUGAGAAGGACUCUGAGGGAGUCCCAGUCGAGGCUGGACUUCUUUCGGAUCGUUGAAACACGUGUUGGUAUUAAGUGUGUAGUAGCAGUAGUGAGCUGAAAGAGCACCAGGUACAUAACUGAUGAGUAACGUUCAGAUGCAGAUCUUUGUCACAGCAUGUGCCUUGGCACUUUGGGCAGCUUGAGGAUUGUCUGUGAUUAGAAAAACAAACAAACAAACAAAAGGAGCCAAAAAACAGACAGUGCCAGUGGAUAUACGACAACUCUUUUCACUUCACCAGUAUUCUUUCAUGUAGAAAAUAAUAGCCACGCAAUUAUAAAUCUGACACAAUGAAACCAACUUGAGAACAGAGUAUGUCAUUGGAUAUGACUCAUGGGAUUAUCCUGAAGUUUUGAACCCCAUUUUAGCUCUCCUGUAUGCACCAGGCUAGUGUUUGAGAUUAAACUUUGAACAAAUGUGAAUUUCAGACCUCAAAACUACUUCUUUGUUUGUCAAGUAUUACUGAAAAAAUUGAGGCCAUAUUUGUCACACAAAUGUCUUUUUUCUCCGCUCCUUGCAGUGGAGAAUGUCUUUUAUACUAAGACCUAUAAUGUGUUUGCGCACAAGGCAAAUCAGUCAUAGUAUUGUUUGUGUUUCAAAUUCAGUAAAGAUCCCCUCCGUCAAACUCCCCUCGACGACCUCCUCCAAAAUUCCUCCGCUUGUAAGAUGCUGUAAAAUAACUCCGGCUUCAUUCCAGUGCUGCUCUUCUGCAUGUUCUUGAGAGAUAAGACAGAGAUCGACUACUGAGUAAAAAGCUGCAUAGCGCUUUAUGUGACCGGACAUUUAUCUUGUGACGUUUUUAGCCGUCACCUGUUGGCCGGCAAGUUUCAUUUCUGUGGUUCAGUAUUUCUCAAUAUUCCUUUUCCUGCCCCUUCCCGAUGUGUGGCACUAGUUUCUUGCACUUCCUGCACUGACCUGAGUUGACUGUGUUGCUGGAUAAUGAUAGACUGUAUUUUUUUUUUUCAGUUAUCUAAAAACCUGCACCUGUCCAGAUGCAUAAAAAAGAGGGAGGGUAAAAGAGAUAGUGUUUUAAGCACUUGGCAGCCGUAGCUUUAUGCGUGCACAUGGAAACAAAGAGAAAUCACGUUGCCAAAUAUUUUGAUAAAUCUUGCAGAUGUGGUUCGACUUGAGAGGGUUGAAUGGGCUUUUGCAGAUGCAGAUGAAAUGUGCUGGUUUUUCAGUAGCAGAUGCUGCGGGUACCGACCAACGCUAGCCUCACAGAGCAGCUACGAUGACUCAUCCUGAAGUUCAGACAGUGUUCAGUCAGUCAGCCGCCUUAAUGUCUCCUCUCUUCCCCUCUGUGCAUAGUGAGGGAUGACUGAGCCUUGUCUGUUUUGGAGAUCAUGCCACUAUUAGACGACCAAGCCAAGUCUUCCUGUCGCUCAAUGUAUCUCUGUGAAAUGGCAUGUGCUGCCACAAUCUGUCGCCACUCUUGUUCUUUAACCCUGGAGAAAAUCUCCCACGUUUCUUUUACUUACAGUGAGAGUGCAUGGGCCAUUUAUUGACUGACUUGGUCGAAAUAAAAACCAUAUCAUGUUGCCGUGUUGGACAUGUCGGAGCAGGGGCGUGCAAUUUCUACGCGUAGCCAGCGAUCAACCUCUGAAUCCUCCCCUUUCUCUGUCUGGCUCACGGGUUUCAAGCUUUCAAACUUCAGACCGCUGUCACAGUUUUAAUAUAUAUAUAUACACCUGUAGAAAUAUCCAAAUAAUUAUUUAAAUAAAAUCACUAUUGUAAAACAAUACCUUAUAUGCUAACAAGCUUUGGCGAAUGGGAGGGACUGACACUAAACAGUGCUGCUGGUAUUUAAAGAUAAUCAGAUAUUCUUUCAUAUUGUUAUUAUUACGAUUAUUAUUAUUGCACAUAGGUGGUGUGUAGUUGUAGUACUAGUGUUACCUUCCCAAUGAGAUUAACUUUUUUUCACUUUUUAAAGUGGCCUUCUGGUGAAGGUAGUUGUAGUGAUGGACACCAAUCGGCCAACAAGAACAAACCAAGCAUUUUGACCUAUUUUGACAGGAGAGAUGGAAACUAUUGAACGCUCCUCAUAUCAUAACACAAGAUUUCUUGUUAAUAAUUUAUAAAUACUUGACAGACAUUAUUAUUUAUUGUGGCGUUUGUUGAUUUCUCCAUUGUUUUUUUCUUUUUAAAUGGUUGAUAUUCUUUGUGUUGAAAUGUAACUGUACAGUCACAAGGAAAGAAUGUAACAAGUGGGAGUUUUGCAUUGUAUAUAACUGUAAUUAUUUAUGUUGAUUUUAUCAUUUGUAUCAUAUCAAUGCCUUGUACAGUGUUUUUUUCUGUUCUUUUGGUUUUGAAAUUAUUUUGUAUUUUAUUUUUAUAAACUGGUUAUAAAUAAAAUACUCAUUUGGCAUGCAGACAGAAUCUUGUUAAAAGGUUCCUGCUUUUAAUUCUGACAUGUUGAGCACUGGAUGAUGACAUUAUAGCAUUAAAUCAUUUGUGUUUUUUUUAA